GCGCUAGCGAUAAGGAAAUGGGUCAAGUGAGGGCAGGUACCUCUUCCUGAUUGUGGAACUACUCAGCGAUUAUUCCCGAGUCACGUCCCUUUGCACGUCUCCUGUGGUCUUCAUGGAAGUGGAGUGUUUGUAAAGCAGGCAGCAGAUGCUGCAGGGCGGUCCCUCGACUCCCAGCUGCACCUCCACCCCACCAGACUGCUUCCCCCUCAGCCUCCGCCACACGGCCGAAUGUAGAAGUGAGACCUCGGCUGAGCCAGCGAACCGCAAACUGACGGAUCUCUCCAGGAUGAGGUCCACCGUGAACUUUUACCUAUGCUACCUGCUGUGCCUGGGCCUGGGCUUGGCCUGCGUGGUGUGCGUGUGUGUGUGGAACAGCCAGUGGCGCGGCGGGUUCGCCUGGGACGGCUCGGCCCUGCAGUUCAACUGGCACCCCGUCCUGAUGGUCACAGGCCUGGUGGUGGUGUACGGCAUCGGAGCGGUGGUAUACCGCAUCCCCCUGACCUGGGGUCAGAACAAACUGCCCUGGAAGAUCCUUCAUGCUGCACUGAUGCUCAUCGCCCUGCUGCUGUCAAUCGUGGGACUUUGUGCUGUGUUUGACUUCCACAAUGCCAAACACAUGGCCAACCUCUACUCCAUACACAGCUGGAUUGGAAUAACUGCUGCCGCUCUGUUUGCCCUACAGUGGGUGGUAGGUGUGGCUGGUUUUCUCCUGCCGUGCUCCCCUGUUUCACUACGAAAACUCAUGAAACCCGUCCACGUGUGGCUGGGAGGCAGCAUACUGCUGCUCAGCAUCGCCGCCUGCAUCUCCGGAAUUAACGAGAAACUCAUCUUUAGUCUUAAAGGAAGCACUAAUGAAACUCAGCCGUACUCCAGCCUUCCACCUGAGGCCGUGUUAGGAAAUUCAUUAGGAGUUUUGAUCUUAGCCUUCGGUUUGGUCGUCCUGAAGAUUUUGUCCAACUACUCAUGGCAGCGACCGGACCCUCGGCCGGAGGAUUCGGCUUAUGCGCCAUUGUUUCAAGAAGAAAAUGAGUGAAGGAAAAUUGUCCAGGCAGGGAGAAUCUGCUCAUCCAUCACAGAUCAGAAGAGUCGAGAUAGCUCUACUCUGAAUGUCAAAGGAGCUGCCUGGAGUUUGUAAGAAUGAUCUGCUUCUGCAAAUAUUUAUUUGAAAUUUUAUUUAAUGUUGCUUUUUUUUGCUCGACGAAUAAAAAACGUAUUUCAUGAAGAAUGUCCUGUUGUGUAGUGCAAUGUAGCUCAUCAAUAAUUAAUUUUAGCUUUUACUUUAUUGCGGAUGGGCCAAACUAACACAGGUGGCCAAUAGCUGGAACAUAUACUAAACUAUGUUGUUCACUUCAGAGCCACAUGAGUGGGGUUGGAUCUGCUACUCAUUUUUUUUUUAAAUUUCUUUAUAUAUUCUAUACACAUCCAAACUUCAGUUAAGGUCGAGUUAGCCAAGGACAUUUUGCUCUGAAUAUUAGCAGGGUUAGUGUCAACAUAUAUUUCAUUUAUCUAUGCAAACUUUUCAUCCCCCAACCCUCAAAGUAAAGGUACCAGAUACUAAGGCAGUUGGUGUUAAAUUAUUAUUUAACUAUUAUUAAUCUGUCAUAAACAUUUUAUGGGACACUUUGGAACAAAGAGAAUUUUACAUCACAUAUUCUUCACAUAUUUUUUUUUAUAGAUUUUAAUGUUUUCAUAGCCCCACAGGCCCAAUGUUUACCUGACUGAACUCUUACACUGUGUCGGCAAUAGGUCUAUGUUCAUGUUCUGUGGAUCUGAGGGUUAAUAGCUUCAAAUAGUACUGUCUAAUGUAUUUGUGUUGUCAUUCCUUUUAAGAUGUGAUAAUGAAAUGGCUCUUAGAAUAUAAGUUCCCCGCUUUGGCCUAUGAACUACUGGAUCGUUAAAUUUCACUUGCAUCUGUUUUCGAGGCACUCCAGCCACUUAGUGAGAUGUCUGGACACCUUCUUGUAUUACCAAGAUAGAGGAUCAACCAUUAAAGUUUUGAAAAGCUGACAUUUGCUUUAUCACCAUCAUGAGGUCAAAACUUGCAAUACUUUCCCAUAACUAUAUCUGCAGAACUAUUGCCACUCCCAUGAGCUUCAGCAAAUUUAUACUAUACCAGUUUAACAUGGACAGGUUGGCAUUGCAACUGACAAUCAUUUUGAUGUUAUUAAGUACUGACUCAUAGAUCUACCAGAUUCUGUUUUGUCUUUGCAUUGAUGUUGCAGCAUUUGGUUUCAGUGCAUGUUUCUGUGGUAAAAUAUUGAGACACCUGAUGCAGCCUGUGAUUUACAAUCUCAUCGUAUGAAUCCGGUACCAGUAAACCACUUACUGGGAGAGAGGGUUGCAUUUAGUUAGCUGAGUUAUGUCCAAGUUUCAGAAUAUAUCUCUAACUAGCAUGGCAGAAUCAAUACUUCCGACAAGACCCAGAAGCCUCCGGUUGAAACCACAUUUAUAUUCACCUGAUUCAUGGUAAUCCUUGUACUAUUUAAGUACUGUUAUUUGUCUGAUUUCAUUUUGAAAGUUGAAUGUUCAAUGUAAGACACAACAGGUAAUGAAAAUGUGCUUUCCGACAUGAUUCUGUAUUCUACAGAGAGCUUUGUGUAGAAGUGAAAGCUGCAGAAAAAGACCUGCCCUGUUCCUCGGUUUUCUACAACCUUCACUUUAUUUGAUAAAUAAAUAAUCUGAAGUUCA